UGAUCUACUGAAAAACAAGUUUACCAUUUUUUCAACAUGAAAUACAAAUCACGAUUAUUUGUCUACUAAGAUCAUACUUAACAAAUAGGUAUUUUGAGACUUCUAUAAUUUUGGUUGAAAGUACAUUAUCUGAGAGAAGCAGUAUGUCGUCACCGACAGCGAAUUUGGAACCUACUGACUAUCAAACACAUGAACCCGAACGCACAGAACUAAGAUCGGAUACUUUGCGACGAAACUAUGGAGAUGUAACACCGUAUGGAACGCUUCCCAGACAAAGUUCUUGUGAAGAUCAUGACGAUGCUGAGCAGAUUGAGCGAGAUGAAAUAGGCCGAUUAUCGCCAACGAAAGAUACCGCUACUCGCCGUCACGUUUCUCCGACUAUGGCGUCAUCAACUGGAACCAUGAGAUCAUCAGGAUCGCAAGGAACAACUUUAAGGAGAUCGAAGGGUGGGUUUUAUACUCGCUCGGAAGAAGAAGCUGCGCCCAUGCAAAAUCUAGGAUAUAUUGAUUUUAUGCCUAAAAAGAAGCACCAAUCCAUUCAAGCAUCUAAAAACUACCAUGGCUUUUCUUCGUGCGUCACAGAAGCUAAUAAAUUCUUGGAACAGAAUCCUCACAUUCAAAUAAAAAAUUGUGAGAGUUUGUAUCAAAGAUUAGAUCACAAUCACAGAGUCAAUCCCGAAUCAACAACAUCACAUGAUCGAUCCUACGUUAUAGGAUUAAGGCUCUGGUAUAGUUUACCUGAAGUAACAGAAAACGAAGUUUUUGUUGCACCCGAAUCAAUUGCGCCAUCAGAUGAAACUCAAACAACGUCAGUACCUACGACGUCAUCUUCCCGAAGCUCGGAUACUCACUCGAACAAAGAGAGAAAUGCUAGAAAACUCUGCUACAUGAACAUUUUACCUGAGAGCACAAACAAGGAUAAAAAUACAACUACCAUGCCGAAACAUCGAGAUCGACCGCCUUUCACUGGCAUGAAAAGUACGCUGCGAAAAUUGAACGAGGCAAUAUCUAAAAAUCAAAUAACGGGUCAUAUAAUCAACGUCGAGUCAAUACCAAUCAACUAUUCGCAUGCUUUUCGUGAUGCUGGAGAUUUGGAUCCUGACCACGGAUAUUGGUGUCUGGAUUAUCACGGAAGAUGGAAUUUUUUCAUCAUCCGAGUUUUCUACAUCGAAGAUAAACAGGUCACGGGCGAAUAUGACAUUGGAUUUGAAGACUUUUCACCGUCUAAAACAAAGCAGGGUGACAAUGUUUCGUUUUCCGGAUUUUCGUCUUUGAGUAAAAAAGCAAGCCGUUGGCUGUCAAGUGAACCCGGAAUCUCUAUCGUGGGUUCUCAAGCCAUUGAAAUCCCUUUCAAUCAGAAGCAAGAAGAGCAAAAAGCGUUCAACACAAGCUGCUCGUUCUAUGAAACAUCAAAAAUAAGUGCUCAGUUACAUACACUGAAAUUCCUGCGAAUAUGGUUCGCUCGUGGUGAAAGACAGACUGUCCAAUCGUCAUCUUCGGAAACACAGAUUGCUCAAGAAUCUCCCCAUCCACCUCUGCCUAGAACAUUUAGACCGGGAAUAGCGAUUCGCACUGUUCUACCCUGCCAAAUCACUACAGCAGGUUGUUGUGGAAUACGGAGACCAAUUUUUGCAACUACUGAGGAUACAAUACAAAGAAUAAAUGAGUGGAUUGCUAUUACAGGUGCUGAUGUCAUUUGCGUCCAGACUGACAAUAUCGAAAAAUGGAGAGGACAACAAUGCCAACUAGGGAAAGAUUUUUCUGAAAAAACAUACAACAAAGCUGACUAUUCAAGCGCAGUUGCCGCGAAUUCAGUAGAAUAUAGAUUGGCUGCUCUUAGGAUCUUCAUUCGCGCUGAUUCACAAGGCAGAUUUCCAGAGCCGGAAACAAAAGAAUUACUGGGCGCUCCAAAGCCAGUAGAACCUUGUUGUUGUUUUGUAGGCUGUGCUGUCAUGUGAGCACAAUUGAUAUAAUGUUGCCCAUGUUCGUGACAUUUAGUACGCAUUCACCGACGUUAAUAAUAUUUUGCAUAUCAGUUCAUAUUUACAAUUCCUGGCCGCACAAUUCGAUACCACAUGAGCAAUUAUAGAGUCUUUUCAAUGCUUUGUGUUUUGCACGAUCCCUAAUGUCACGUAACAUGAAAACUACAGAAAGCCCAGUUUAUGGAGAAUAAUGCCGAAAGUAUGUUUUGUACCAUUGUGCCCGAUACAGUUUGGUCUGUUUUCAUCUCAGCCCAUAACAAUGCUUUCCGAGCUAAGUGUUGUCAACUUCAGUCGCCUUGCUCAGUACGUAAAAAGUAUGAUUAAUGGUGUUAGGAAACAAAAUAUGAAUGUAAAAAUCCAUUCGGAAUCUUAAACAAAUUUCGAUAGAUUAACCGUUGGUAUAUUUAGAGUAGGUUCAUGUUUUUAAUGUUUUGAUAAAUCUCAGGUGCUGUAUUUUUGUGUUUUGUGAUUAGUCUUUUUAUGUAAAUAUUUGCUUGACGAUUAUACCAGAAUAUAAUUCUUGAAGUUUGAAUAAAAGAAAACCAAUUUGAGAAUUUUUAACUAGUUUAUUUU